UCACCCCAUUUCAUACGUGCUUUAUAUCAUUGUUAUUUUAUAAUAUUAUUACUGUAGGUUGGCCAAAGAUGGAGCAUUCACGCCAACUUGGCUACAUGAAGAGGAGUCUCUUUGAUCAGGGAUACCUCGACGAACAAUUUUAUCAGCUAGAAGAAUUGCAAGACGAAGCAAGCCCUAAUUUUGUGGAAGAAGUAGUGGCCUUGUUCUUCAAGGAUUCGUUGAGAUUAAUGUCAAAUAUAGAUCAAGCACUGGAGAAGCAUCCCCGGGAUUUUCACAGGCUCGAUUCUUUGAUGCACCAACUGAAGGGUAGCGUCUCCAGCAUUGGUGCUCUGAGGAUGAAGAACGAGUGCACGCUGUUUAAAGAACACUGCGAUGAGCAAAAUAUCGAAGGAUGCCAGAGAUCAUUUCAGAAGGUGAAGAGGGAGCAUGCUGCUUUGAGACAGAAGCUGGAAACAUACUUCCAGUGUAAUGGUGGUUUUCAGUUGUUGAGGCAAGCUGGUCCUGCUGAGAAAGCAACUCGAUCCGGGGUGUGAGAUGAUCGAGCCCGUUAUUAUUAAUGGUGGUUAAAAGGGAGAUACUAAAUUAGUUGUUAGAAUCUAGUUAUGCGAGAAUAAGCAGUGUUGUUGCCGUUGCUGCAGUUAUAUAACUAGCGUAUGCAGUUGAAAUUAUAAUAAAGGAUGUACUGUAGUUGGUAGCGGAGGGAAUUUAUUCUGUACUAUUAUUAUAAAUAAUAAAGAAUUAUGUUAAUGAAUG